AUGAAUGGAAAAGAAUCUCGUGGACAAGAAAGAAGAUGUAGAAAAUGCAAAGCACACGGGAAAACCAACUAUCUAAAAAACUAUCACAAAAAGAAAUGCGAGUACAAGGAUUGUGACUGCAAGACAUGCACUAUGGUUACUCGAACAAGAGAGAGAUCAAAGAUUAUCCUACAGAAGAAAAGGCAGAUGAUAAAAGAACAGAAGCUACAAGAACAAAGGAAUGUAGGGGAAAUGCCUGCUGACUUCCACCCAUGCCUACAUAAAGGCAUGCCAGUAGCCGUCAACCGUCAAUCACCACAGCAUCUCUUAACGAUGCAACAAACACAGUUUCAUAGCACUCAAUUUCAAUCAUAUGUUACAAACAUGACAAAGCUUGUUGCUAGGAUACUGCAACAAACGACCAGUGCAGAGGAUAUCCCUAGUAAUCUUUACGAUGUGGUGGCCAAAACUUUCAACCCUUCCUGGUCAAUGUCAUCAAAAGCAUCAGCAAUCACCAAUGGACCUAAUAUAACUACUACUUUUGGUAGUAAGUAUUAUAUGGGUACAUCUUGGCAAGGGGUACAUUAUCAGUAG